AUAUCUACUCAGAUACCUCCACAGAUGUCAUCAGUAUUUACCUUCUGUGUCUCCACAAGCCUGAGUCGGUUAUGACUCACUGAUUAAAAAGAAAGACUUUUCCAAAUACUUUGCACUUUUGAUUGCGUAUUAUGGAUACCAAGGAAGAGAAGAAGGAACGGAAACAAAGUUAUUUUGCUCGAUUGAAGAAGAAGAAACAAGCCAAACAAAAUGCAGAGACAGCUUCAGCCAUAACCUCAAGGACUCAUGCUGGGAAGGAAGAUGCUAAUACAGCCAUUUUAGAGCAAGACAAGUGCAAUACUGCUGUGAAAGAAGAAUAUAUUGCUGAUGAGAAAAAGAAGAGAAAAAAUAAUCAGUUAAAGGAGAUUAGGCGUACAGAACUAAAGAGAUAUUAUAGUAUUGAAGACAAUCAGAACAGAACACAUGAUAAAAAAGAGAAGAAGAUGGUGGUUCAGAAGCCCCAUGGUACGAUGGAAUACACGGCUGGAAGCCAGGACACCCUAAACUCCAUAGCACUGAAGUUUAACAUCACUCCCAAUAAAUUAGUGGAACUGAAUAAACUUUUCACACAUACUAUUGUUCCAGGCCAGGUCCUUUUUGUGCCAGAUGCCAACUUUCCUUCCAGUACGAUACGGCUGUCAUCAUCCAGUCCUGGUGCUGCUGUCUCUCCUUCAUCAUCAGAUGCAGAAUAUGAUAAACUGCCUGAUGCUGACUUAGCACGAAAGGCCUUGAAACCCAUCGAAAGAGUCUUAUCAUCUACUUCUGAAGAAGAUGAGCCAGGCGUGGUGAAAUUUUUAAAAAUGAAUUGUCGAUACUUCACUGAUGGAAAGGGUGUGGUUGGAGGUGUUAUGAUUGUCACUCCUAACAACAUCAUGUUUGACCCGCACAAGUCCGAUCCCCUGGUCAUCGAAAAUGGGUGUGAGGAGUAUGGCCUCAUCUGCCCCAUGGAAGAGGUGGUUUCCAUUGCCCUCUACAAUGACAUUUCUCACAUGAAGAUCAAAGAUGCCUUGCCAUCUGAUCUACCUCAGGAUCUUUGUCCUCUGUACAGGCCUGGAGAAUGGGAAGACCUGGCUUCAGAAAAGGAUAUCAACCCAUUCAGUAAGUUCAAAUCCAGCAACAAGGAAAAGCGACAGCAAAAUGGAGAGAGAACCGUGACUUUAGAUUCCAAGUCAGCAGGACCUUUGGAGAAGUCAACAGAAUACACACAUAUGAAGCCCUCAGGCAGCCCCGUGUCAGAAAAAUUAAAGAAACUGGAAUCCUCUAAGGAGACAACCUGUGGUUCUCCCACCGUGUCUGAGCUCAGCAAGAAACCUGCUGACCCUCAAGCUGCAUUUGAAACUACAGCCAAAGAAAACUCCCUUAUAGGGGAAGAUGAUGACUUCGUUGACUUGGAAGAACUUUCUUCUCAAAUGGAUAGUGGAAUGGACAAAAGAGAUCCUUCGAAGGAGUGCCUUUCUCUUGACCCAGGGGAGCAAAGGAAGACUGAGUCACAAAUAAUCAAUUCUGCGAUGGAAAUGCAGGUGCAGUCAGCCCUGAACUUUUCGGGAACAGGGAAGGAUGUGGAACUGAAGGGGGCCUUAGAUUUAGAAACCUGUGAGAAGCAAGAUAUAAUGCCAGAAAUGGACAAGCAGUCUGGUUCCCCGGAAAGCCAGGUGGAAAACACACUGAACAUACAUGAAGAUCUAGAUAAAGUUAAGCUCAUUGAGUAUUACCUAAAUAAGAAUAAAGAAGAGUCACAGGUAUCUGGAAUUUUGCAGAAGGCAGAAUUAAGUGAUGGCCAAAGCAUUGAACCAGUGGGAAUAGACAUCACCCUUAGUAGGUCUCUACCCCAGAUAGGUGUUCCCCCACCUGAGGGCAAUAAAGAGCCAGAUAAAGCCUGGGAGAAAGAAAGAGUGCCCCUUCCAAUGAAACUGGACUCAUCUACAGAAGAAAAUAGGAUUAAAGAGUCUCUAGACUCCUCUUUGGAAUCCACUCUGGACAACAGCUGUCAAGGCGCACAAAUGGACAAUAAAUCUGAAAUUCAAUUGUGGCUAUUAAAGAGAAUUCAGGUACCCAUUGAAGAUAUACUUCCUUCAAAAGAAGAAAAAAGCAAGACACCGCCCAUGUUCCUGUGUAUCAAAGUGGGAAAGCCAAUGAGAAAAUCCUUUGCCACUCACACUGCAGCCAUGGUCCAGCAGUACGGGAAACGGAGAAAGCAACCAGAGUACUGGUUUGCUGUUCCUCGAGAAAGGGUGGAUCAUCUGUACACGUUCUUUGUUCAGUGGUCUCCUGACGUCUAUGGGAAGGAUGCCAAAGAGCAAGGCUUUGUGGUGGUGGAGAAGGAAGAACUGACUAUGAUCGACAACUUCUUCAGCGAGCCAACCACCAAGAGCUGGGAGAUCAUCACCGUCGAGGAGGCCAAGCGCAGAAAGAGCACAUGCAGCUACUAUGAAGAUGAGGACGAGGAGGCACUGCCCGUCCUUCGGCCCCACAGUGCGCUCUUGGAGAACAUGCACCUAGAGCAGCUGGCCCGACGCCUUCCAGCAAGGGUGCAAGGGUAUCCGUGGAGACUGGCCUACAGCACAUUAGAGCAUGGGACCAGCUUGAAAACGCUUUAUCGGAAAUCGGCAUCGCUGGACAGUCCUGUCCUAUUGGUCAUCAAGGACAUGGAUAAUCAGAUUUUUGGAGCAUACGCAACUCAUCCGUUCAAGUUCAGUGACCACUACUAUGGAACAGGCGAAACUUUUCUCUACACAUUUAGCCCUAACUUCAAGGUCUUUAAGUGGAGUGGAGAAAACUCGUAUUUUAUCAAUGGAGAUAUAAGUUCUUUAGAACUUGGCGGUGGAGGGGGACGAUUUGGCUUAUGGCUAGAUGCUGAUUUAUACCACGGACGAAGCAACUCUUGCAGCACUUUCAACAAUGAUAUUCUUUCCAAAAAGGAAGACUUCAUAGUUCAGGACCUAGAGGUGUGGACAUUCGAGUGAAAUUCAGACUGCCUUAAAAUACCAUAUUAAAAAGACUGGGUUUGAUCCGUUCUCCUACAGCUGGCUGGAAGACGAAGCCCAGCCCAGGCUGCCACGUGCCACCCUCAUGCUUCCUUUCUGCCGUCAUUUCAGAGCAUGAUCACACUGCAGAAAGAUGCUGGAAGGUAUCCGUGGAGGGCAGAUAUUGAAGAAGAAUUUGAAAUUCAGAUUGUUGACUUUGUACUUCCACUUCUUUCAAAUCCAUACCAUGAGGAAUCAGAGUGUUUAUAAGAUGUAUGAGUUGAAUGCAAUUUUUAUUUUUGGUAACUGUGAAAAAAAUAAGAUACUGUGGAAAUAUAGACAUGCCUUGUGUAUUUAUCAGCAUAAUUUUCAUUACCAAAAUGUACAGCUACUGUUUGCCAUGGAAAACGUUAGUCUCAUUUAGAAAAAUUGGAAGUGUACAGCACUUAAAGGGAAUAUAUGAUUUUUUAAAAAGAGGUUUUAUUUAUUAUUUUCAGCAUAUUGUAUGAAAUGUGUGGGCAGUUUUUUUUUUAAUGUGUCAAAUUUUGAAAUAAAGAAAUGUAUACAUUUUGUGCUACGUUUUGGGAACAAAUCUGUUUGAUUUAUAUGGUUUUAUAUUGAAUUUUUUUUUGCCCUAAUUGUUUAGGGUGAUGUCUUAAGCAGCAUAUAUCUAUAUAUCUAUAUAGUCUAUACGUAAUCUAUAUGUAGAUAUAUAGAUAUAUAUGUGUGUAUGUGUAUGUAUAUAUACAUAUAUAUGAGUGUGUAAUUCCAAAUUUUUAAAAACUCAUUACUAAUGUUCAUUGAUUUGACUAUUGCAGGCCAGCUUUCCAUUUAGUCAAUAAAAGGGUAUAUUUUUAGUUACUUUCACCUUGAACAUGUUUGUGUAAAGAAGAAUACACUAUUUCUCACAGUCUCACAUUGAUAUUUAUAGAAAUGGAUCCCUUUGUGAACCUAGAUUUAGAGUAAACCCUGCUUUGAAAAAGAAAGUGGUUUGCUUCUUCUAAAAUGUGUGUUAAAAACAAAAAACUUUAUUUUCAUAAUUUUUUUGCAUAACUUUCCCGUGCUUUUACAUUAAUGAGCAGGCCUCUGUUUUAAAGGAACUGAGUGUUUUAACUUCUUCAUUUUUAAAAAUCAAGUGAGAAAUAUCCAAUUGGACCGGUUGUCUUGAUUUCUAGACUCUUUAAAUAAAAGAGGAAAAAGAUAAUGCAAAGAAAUGCAUUUGUACCAAAAUUGAGAUAAAAGCAAAAACCUAUUUUAAAAAUAUCAACCUACUUUUUGCAUCAUAAAACAUCUUUUAUUAAAAAUAAUAAUAAAGCCUUGUUAAAAACUUAACCAACAUUAUUGAUUGCCAGACUUCUAUGAAAGCCAAAGACUGCUUGCUAAUGAAAAAAAAUUUUUUCAAAUAAUAGCCAAAACUGAGAAGUGGUUUCACCUAAAUUCCCCAGUAGUUUUUGAAAGGAAAAAUUAAUAACAAAUACUAUUUAUAUAUCUUUGUUUUAAAAACAAUCCUUAGAAUUUUUCAUUAUUCACCUGUUUUAGAAUAUUUAUAAAAGAGAACAAAUUGUCCAGUGGCCGCCAGUCAGAUCAAUGAUUAUCGUACUCCAUUCACAUUCCACGCAAAUUUGAGUGAAUGCUAUAACAUUUUAAAUCUGUAUCCUGGGUGUAGUUUUCACUCAAGUUCUCAUACUCUUGAUUAACAACAUAUUGACAGUUUAACUCUGAUCUGCUCGUUAAAUAAUGUGUUGGUGUGAGAUAUCAGGAAUGUCUCAUGAUGAUCACAUGUACCAUUUACGCCAUUUGCAACCAUAUGCUGUUAAUAAAAUGGAAAAGAUAAAAUGGUCGCAUUGCAUAUAGUUCGCUCUGACCUAGUUUAGUCCACAAUGCUAUACUUGUGGGAGCCUAUCCAGAUGCCGAGUUCUCUAUGUAAAGCAGUAUUGUCCAAUCCGAAGUGUGCGACACUUCAUUUAUGGAUAUUGACUCUAUGUAAUGCCAUGCUAUCCCAAUAUUUUCAAUAAAGGAAUUUAUGCAUUCGGCA